GCUGGAUCUGGGCUGUGCUGGUGAACGUUCUUUAAACCGGAAACCACGUGGUACAGACAGAUCCACAUAGACGCCACAGCUGGCAUGAACACACAUUACAUUAUAUAAUUUACUAUCAAAUAUAGACGCACAUUAUCAGACAACAUGCCCGAGAAUGCCACAUUUAAAAUAAAUUCACAGUUUGCGCAAAGAUAUGACAAGUAUCGCCAGAAAGAAGAGCUACAGAAGCUGAAGGACCGUUUCGGAAACGGAGAUGAAGACAGCGAAUCCUCCUCAGAAUCCAGCUCUGACGACAGUGAAAUGGAACUGGACCCAGAGUUGGAGAGGGACUUCUAUAGAACGUUAUCACUGCUAAAAAAGAAAGACCCAAAAAUCUAUGAGAAAGAUGUAAAGUUUUACUCCGAGGUUCAAUCCACCAGUGACGAAAAGCCCUCAACCUCAAAGAAAGCGGUGAAGCCCAUGUAUUUAAAAGACUAUGAGCGCAAAGUCAUUCUGGAGAGAGAGGGCAAAUUUGAAGAUGAUGAUGAAAGUGACGAGGAGGAAGCUGCUAAGAGGAAUGAGAGAGCAGCUUCUCCAAGCUACAUUCAAGAACAAAAGGAGUUAAAGGAAAGCUUUCGCAAGUUCAUCCAGGACAGUGAUAAUGAGGAGGAGGCUGUUAAAAAUGAGGUCUCACAGCUGCUGACCAGGAGGAUCAAAACACAAGAGGAAAAGGAUAAAGAAGAGGCGGACUAUGUGGAGUGGCUGAAAGGCCAAGCUGAGCUCGACGACCAAGAGGAGAUGACGGAUAUGAAAUAUUUGCGAGACUACUGGAAUGACCCUGAACUGGAUGAGAAGGAGCGUUUCCUCCGAGACUAUGUUCUGAACAAGGGUUAUCGAGAAGAAGAUGAAGAUGUGGACCGGAUUCCCACAUAUGAUGAACUGGUCCAGGACGAGGUGGAGGACUCUGAGGAGGAGGGGGAGAGCUUUCUUGAGCGACAGGAAGACUUUGAGAGGAGUUACAACUUUCGUUUUGAAGAGCCUGAUUCUCAAGAGAUCAGAACAUAUCCACGCAACAUCGUCACAUCAGUGCGCUCAAAAGAUGACAGCAGAAAACGCAAGCGAGAGGAGGUUAAGGAGCGCAAGAAGAAGGAAAAAGAGCAGAAGCAAGAACAGCUGAAGCAGUUGAAGAACCUGAAGCGUUCUGAGAUAAUGGAGAAGCUGAAGAGGCUACAGGAACUGACGGGAAACGAGCAGCUGGCCUUCAGUCUGGACGACCUGGAUGGAGACUUCGACCCUCAAAAACAUGACCAGCUCAUGCAGAAAGUGUUCGGAGAUGAAUACUAUGGAGGAGAGGAAGAUGAGAAACCUCAGUUUGAUGAUGAUGAAGAGAUUGAGGAGCAUUGGAACUGGGAUUCAUGGAGCGGAGGGGGAAGAGAGGAUGAAGAGCAUGAAGACUAUGGUGAAGAGGGGCAGUACGAGCCGCACUGUGAUGACGAGGGCUUUGUUAUGGAUGCAGACUAUGACCCAAGCCAGCACAUAUCCAAAAAGCAGAAGAAAAAGGAGAGGCAGAAGCUGAAGAGGGAGGACAUGCCACAGAUGGGCAAGAAGAAAAAGAAAUCUCACUUUGCAGAAGUCAUCACCAAAAGCAAGCCAGUGUUUGACCCCAAGGUGAAGACCUUUGAACAGUACUUGGAUGAGUAUUAUAAGCUGGACUAUGAAGAUAUUAUUGAUGACCUCCCAUGCAGGUUUCGAUACAGGAAUGUGGUGGCAAAUGACUUUGGCCUGACCACCGAUGAGAUUUUAAAUGCUAAUGACAAGGAGCUGAACCAGUGGUGUUCUCUGAAGAAGACCUGCAUGUUUAGGUCUGAAAGAGAAGAGCUGUGUGAUUUGAAGAACUACAACAUAAAAGCUCGAAAUGAAAAGAAGAAAAGGGAGAUUCUCAGUUCAAUAUAUUCACAAGAGGAGCAAGAAAUGGCUGAGGCUAAAGGUAAAAUGGGCAAGAAACGUAGAGACCGCUCCAAGAACACUGAGAAACGAGACAGAACUGAAGUGCAGGAAGUAGAUGCAGACAGAGCUGCAUCUACUUCCUGCACCUUAAACAUAACUGCAGAGGAAGAGGAGCCUGAGGAGGUCCUGAUACCCAAGAAGAAGAAGAGACACACAGAGACUAAAGGGAAAGUCCCAGAAGAGGCAGGGGAGGAGGUGAAACCAAAACCCAAGGACAGAUCAAAAUGGGUCAAGAAGAAGCCCAGACGUCUAUCGCUCUUAUCUGCGUCUGGGCUUAAGAUCGGAGGGAGAGAGUUCAGCCGACAAAGACUGAAGUCCUAUGGGCUCAACCCCAAGAGACUGUACUUCAGACAGCUGGGUCGCCAGAGACGCAAGGAGCAGCAAAAAAAGGAAAAGCGGCAAAAGAAAGACUCAUGAUCAGUGUU